AUGGCACCAGGAAUUCCUGCACGCUCUCCUUCUCCGGAGCCACCCCUCAGUGUCAAGCUUCCUCGACCAGUAGCCCAAAAGAUAGUCAUUGAAAUCGUCAAGUUCGUUCCAUCAACGGUUGAGUAUACCGAGUUAACGUACGAAGAAGUUGAGCCUGAGGACGGUUUGCUCGUCGCUAGGACACUGGCAGAACAUCCAGAAAUCGAGAGAAGAAGCUCUAGAGUCAAUUUCAACUCGGUUGAAAAGACCCUGUGGAUCCGUGUUAUGCCGAACUUCCUCCAUAAUGCUCACCAGCAGUGGGUUAUGUCCGCCAUGUUGGAUUGGGCUUAUAACGGCUCGGUGAAGAAAGGAGAGCAUCUCAAGAUUGCCUUCGGUGUCGGAACAAGGUUUGAAGGAUUCAUCGGUGCUUACACAUCUUCGUCUAAAGAGCCAGAUCUAUACCUGUCCGCCCGUACCGAUAGAAUGCCAUCAAUUGUGAUUGAAUCAGGAUGGUUCGAAAGUUUUCCACGUCUCCGAAUCGACAAAGACUUGUGGUUACGUGGCACAGUUGAAGUGGAAUAUGUUAUACUCUUGAAGUGGAGCAAGGUGCGUAAUGAUAAGGUCAAAGGAUCUAUUGAAGUCUGGGGACGUGGAAACACAGGUAGCCUCCAUAUUCGUGAGCUGGCCGUCUUUCCGAAACCCGAUCCUCUACCCAUCGAAGAAUCUAUCUGCUUUACGAAACAACAGUUGUUUGGUGGAAUCCCUGUGUCUAACCCAUUCACUGUACUAUUACUCGAGAUUCCAAGACUUCGAGAAUUUGCUGAAGAAAUUCUGGUGAACUUGAUGGAGCUCAGCCCACGUUAG